GUUCUAACUGAUCCGGGAUCAGUUGUUUCUACUGAGUUUGCGCUGUGUGAAUCCACUACUUUUCUUCAGCAUUUCGCCUCGUUCCGCCCAAACUGCCACAAAAACACUCUUCUCUGUGGAUAUCUGCGCCCUGUGGGUUCUCCGUCGGUCCGGAUCCAUGAGGAUCUGCUUGUGUUUGUACCGGAACCCGCCAUCCGGGCCGUGUUUUCCUGUGUAAGCUCCGGGCUGAGGUGCUUUUUGGACCGCGGCAGGAGCGUCUCCGCCGCCGCCGAAGGCCGUUGGUGGUGCCCGAACACACUGUCUCCGGUCCCGGGGCCGCCGUGCUUUCCUUUACCGUCUCCUUCCGGGCCUGGGCCGUGGUUUAUGCUCCGGACUCCGCAGUCAUGUGUCUCCUUCGGACGUUAGCUCCGCCGCGGCUCCAUGGCCAACAGUAACAACAUGCUCCUGGCCUCCGCGGUGGUGGUGUGGGAAUGGCUGAACGAGCACGGCCGGUGGCGGCCCUACAGCCCCGCCGUCUCCCACCAGAUAGAGGCGGCCAUCCGGAGCAGCGACCCCCGCGGAGGCAGCGUGGUCCUCGGCCAGGUGGACAGCCGGCUGUCGCCCUACAUCAUAGACCUCCAGUCCAUGCACCAGUUCAGACAGGACACAGGAACCAUCCGUCCUGUGCGGAGGAGUUUUUAUGACCCAGCGUCAGCCCCGGGUCAGGGUUGGCAGUGGGAAUGGGAGAACGACGCAGGCACGUGGACGCCCUACGACAUGGAGGUGGCCAUCGCCAUCGAGAGCGCUCACAACCGCCAGCAGACGUGCCUGGACCUCACACCGCUCGGCUUCUGCUACCUCAUCGAUUAUCAGAACAUGACACAGGUCAACAGACAGAGCCAGAGGUGUCGGAGGAUCCAGAGGCGUGCAGACAUGGCCUACCCUUUAGUGUCCGGACCUCUGCCUUUACCAAAAGGAGGCGCAGGAGGGGGAGGCCUCACUGGAGCCCUGCUUGGUGUUGGAGUGUCCGGUGCCACCUUGGGAGUGGGAAACGCCAUCUACCCCAAUGGGGGGGUGUCAGUUAGUGGACUUGGCCAGCCCUGUUCCUGCCAGCAGUGCAUGCUGGUCCUCAGUGUGAAGACCACCACAGGAGGAGGAGGUGGCGGAGGAGCAGGGCUGCAGACUCUGGGCAGACGCUCAUUAACCAUGCAGAGGCCCAAGAACGCCGUAGCCACGCCUUCUAGCUCCGCGAGUCCGUCUAAGUCGGCCACUCUGGGACGAGGGCAGCAGCAGAACUCCAACUCCAACUCCAACUACUACCAAACGCUGCCGCACGGCCUAGCCAUCUCUAAAAACACCGCCUCUCCCAGAAGGAACGCACAGCUCUUUGCUCAGUCGCUGGCCGCCCUCACCGCUGGCACCUCCUCCCUGGGUAUCAGCUCGUCUUCCAACAGGCCGCCUCCCCCGUCCCUCCCGCCCCCUCAGCCGCCAUCAUCCAACCCUGGUGUCAACCCUCCGCCUCUUUCAGCCAAACACUCCUCCUUGUCAGCCGGUGAGUCGGUGCCAACUGCCACAUUAAUUACCCCCGCCAGCAGCGUGACCACGCCUCCUUCUCCAGUGCCAUCUCCGUCGCCCGUGGUGAUGAAGCCACAGCACUCAUCAUUGUCCACGGCAACAAUGUGCCACGCCCCUUUACCACAGAGAUCUAGCUUAGCAGGGCUGAGUAGACCAGCGCUACAGCGGAUCGCCAUGGCCCAGUCCAGAGCACUCAUAGCAUCAGGCGUUCCCACCGUCCCAGUAAAGAACCUGAAUGGAUCCAGUCCUGUUCACCCUGCACUGGCUGGGAUCACAGGCAUCCUGAUGAGUGCUGCAGCUCUGCCCGUUUGUCUGACCAGGCCUCCCAAACUGGUGCUGCAUCCUCCACCUGUCAGCAAGAGUGACAUCAAACCUGUACCGGGCUUUGGCCACUGCUGCAGGAAGACCACCAAGAAACAGGCUCGUAAAGGAAAAACUCCCGAGGAGGUUGUAAAGAAAUAUCUACAGAAAGUCAAAAGUCCCCCAGAGGAGGACUGUACCAUCUGUAUGGAACCGUUGGUGGGUCCAUCUGGAUACAAAGGUCCCGGUGUGGGACCUGUUUCCAGGGCUGAGUCGGUUGGACGUCUUGCACAGUGUGGACACCAGUACCAUUUCCAGUGCCUGGUGGCCAUGUAUAACAAUGGCAACAAGGAUGGCAGUCUCCAAUGUCCCACAUGUAAAACCAUCUAUGGCGUGAAGACAGGAAAUCAACCAGCAGGGAAAAUGGAGUAUCACGUCAUCCCCCAUUCUCUACCUGGGCAUCCUGACUGCAAAACCAUACGCAUCAUCUACAACAUCCCACCAGGCAUUCAGGGACCAGAGCAUCCGAACCCCGGGAAGCCCUACACGGCCAGAGGCUUCCCCCGACACUGCUACCUCCCCGACAGUGAGAAAGGACGCAAGGUGCUGAGACUGUUACUGGUGGCGUGGGACCGGAGGUUGAUCUUCUCAGUCGGUACUUCCAGCACUACAGGAGAGUCGGACACCGUCAUCUGGAAUGAGGUCCACCAUAAGACAGAGUUCGGCUCAAACCUGACGGGCCACGGCUUCCCUGACCCUGGACACCUGGACAACGUCCUGGAAGAGCUCCGAGCUCAGGGCAUCACAGAGGACGACGGACUGACGGAAAAGUGACAGGACCAGAGAAGAGAAGCAGAGAAAAAGAGGCAUGACUGGCAUGAAGCAGAGCGGAGAAGAAGACGUGAUGGUGGUGGAAGACAAAAGGAGCAUCAGGACCAGAUUCCUCCAGCACUUCCAGGAGGUGCAAAGGGACGUUUGGGCUUGUAGAGGACAUUGGUUUUUGUUCUUUUCUUUUAAUUUUAAUUUUGUGGGGAUAACCACUUUUCAAGGAGUCGAUUAUUGAGUCACUGCUGCCGGUUCAAACAUCAGCCGACACGUAAACAAAUGUGGAAGGGAGCUGGUGGAAGCAGCAGCAGCAGAGGAACAGAGGUUAGCUUUAACUACAGGUACUAAAUGUCCACAAGGGAGAGUGAGUCGGUACUAAUAUUUAGAACCAAAACAAGUUGACUUUACUGUGAGAAAGAGGGGAAAUAAGAUGGGAAAUGUUAGAGCAGUUCAGUUCAAACUGGGUGAGAAAGAA